CUGGGCUAGAGGACAGACGCACCAGGUAACAGCUUCCUAUGGGUCCUGCGAGGCUGCUGAAGGACAUCGGUCUUUUUUCCAUGCCUGCUGUCCUUGGGAAGCACCUUCAAGAAGCUGAUACUCAGCAAGCGCCAAAGUUGGCAAGCUCUGCUUCUCUGGGUCUAAACCUUGUGGAAACUUAUCAUUUAUCUUCCACAACUGGGAAGGAGGAGGCCAGGUUUAAAUCUGUGCUCCAAAUCAGCAAGGGUCUCACAGAGCUGCUGGGUGAGAUCCCAACUCCCUUCCAGCAUCAAUGGAGGCCCACCCAGCCGAGAUCUUCCAGCCCUGAUGUUGUCCCGAGCUUGUGCCCCGUUUUUUUGUGGACCAUGGAUACACACACGCGGUGGAAAAGACGCAGUUGGAUACAGAGCUGGCCGGUACCCGCUGCCCUGGUGCUGCUGGGUGCCCUGUCCCUCGGCCGGGCAGCUGAACCUGCAGACCUCUUGAAGGUAUUAGAUUUUCAUAAUUUACCUGACGGUAUAACAAAAACAACAGGGUUUUGCACAAGCAGAAGAUCUUCAAAAGCAGCAGAUGUUGCUUAUAGAGUAACAAAAGAUGCUCAGCUUAGUGCACCGACAAAGCAGCUGUAUCCUGCUUCCCCAUUCCCAGAGGACUUCUCCAUUCUAACCACUGUAAAAGCGAAGAAAGGAGGUCAGUCCUUCUUGAUCUCAAUUUACAAUGAGCAAGGGAUCCAGCAAAUUGGUGUGGAGAUGGGUAGAUCUCCUGUAUUCCUGUAUGAAGACCAUACAGGAAAGCCAGGCCCAGAAGACUAUCCUCUCUUUAGAGGCAUUAACCUAGCAGAUGGCAAGUGGCACAGAGUAGCUAUCAGUGUGCAGAAGAAAAAUGUCACCUUGAUUUUGGACUGUAAAAAGAAGGUAACGAAGUUCUUGGACCGAAGUGACCACCCCAUCAUUGACGUCAAUGGCAUCAUUGUAUUUGGAACAAGGAUAUUGGAUGAGGAAGUCUUUGAGGGUGACAUCCAGCAGCUCCUGAUCGUGGCGGACCCCCGAGCAGCGCACGAUUACUGUGAACACUAUAGCCCCGACUGCGACACUGCCAUUCCCGACUCCCCGCAGUCCCAGGACCCCAACCAGGAUGAAUACUACACUGAUGGAGAGGGAGAAGGUGACACCUACUACUAUGAGUACCCCUACUAUGAAGAUGUUGACGAAGCUGUAAAGCCAGAAGCACCCACCACCAAACCCGGCACUCCCGAAGUGGCUGCUGGAGAGAGACCUGAAACCAAGCAGGACUAUCCUGCCCCCACGCCAUCACCUGAUGGAGGGGACCCUGGCAAGCAGACGAAAGAGGAUGCUACAGUGGAUGACCCUCUCGUGGAUGAGUACAACUAUGAAACCAUUAACGAAGAGUACUUCACGCCUCUCCCCUAUGAAGAUGUCAACUACAAUGAAGAAGUAGACCCCCAGGGUGGACUCACUGAAAAUGCCGUGGAAGCUGAACUCCCUACGAGUACCGUCAUCACCUACAAUGAGACUGAUGCUGCUCAAGGAGGAGAGGAUCUGGAUAAAGAUUUCACUGAAGAAACAAUAAAAGAAUAUGAUGGGAAUUAUUAUGAUAACUAUUACGACAGAACAGUCUCUCCUGAUAUUGGCCCCGGCAUGCCUGCUAACCAGGACACCGUCUACGAAGGGAUUGGUGGCCCACGGGGCGAGAAAGGACAGAAGGGGGAGCCUGCGAUUAUUGAGCCGGGUAUGCUGGUGGAAGGCCCACCUGGUCCUGAAGGCCCAGCAGGCCUUCCAGGACCUCCAGGACCAACUGGACCUGUGGGCUUAAUGGGUGACCCUGGGGAGAGAGGACCACCUGGUCGCCCAGGUCUUCCAGGAGCAGAUGGUUUACCAGGACCACCAGGGACAAUGCUUAUGUUGCCUUUCCGCUUUAGUGGAGGAGGAGAUGCUGGCUCUAAAGGACCUCUCGUUUCAGCCCAGGAGGCCCAAGCCCAAGCCAUCCUGCAGCAGGCCAGGCUGGCGCUGAGAGGACCAGCAGGUCCAAUGGGUCUGACGGGGCGGCCAGGCCCCAUGGGACCCCCGGGCAGUGGAGGACUAAAGGGAGAAGCUGGAGAAAUGGGACCUCAGGGUCCGCGAGGCAUCCAGGGUCCUCCCGGUCCGGCAGGAAAACCAGGCCGCAGGGGACGAGCUGGCAGCGACGGUGCCCGGGGAAUGCCAGGCCAGACAGGACCAAAGGGUGACCGAGGGUUUGAUGGCUUGGCUGGUUUGCCUGGUGAGAAGGGAAAUAGAGGUGAGCCAGGCCCCCACGGACCCCCAGGGGCACCCGGAGAGGAUGGGGAGAGGGGAGAUGAUGGAGAAGUUGGACCUAGAGGUCUACCUGGAGAACCUGGACCUCGAGGACUGCUGGGACCGAAGGGGCCACCAGGACCCCCGGGGCCACCGGGUGUGGCUGGUAUGGAUGGACAAACGGGUCCCAAGGGGAAUGUGGGUCCUCAAGGUGAGCCGGGUCCCCCAGGACAGCAGGGUAACCCGGGUGCUCAGGGUCUUCCAGGUCCACAAGGCGCGAUUGGUCCCCCAGGAGAGAAAGGGCCGCUGGGCAAACCCGGUCUUCCUGGCAUGCCUGGUGCAGAUGGUCCUCCGGGUCAUCCUGGCAAGGAAGGUCCUCCCGGAGAGAAGGGGAGUCAGGGUCCACCAGGUCCUCAGGGCCCCAUCGGUUAUCCAGGACCACGCGGAGUCAAGGGAGCAGAUGGUGUUCGUGGAUUGAAAGGCACCAAAGGUGAAAAGGGUGAAGAUGGCUUCCCUGGCUUCAAAGGUGAUAUGGGCAUCAAAGGAGACCGGGGGGAAAUUGGACCUCCUGGCCCCCGAGGUGAGGAUGGUCCCGAAGGUCCCAAAGGUCGCUCUGGCCCCAAUGGAGAUCCCGGUCCUCUUGGUCCUGCUGGAGAGAAGGGAAAACUCGGCGUGCCAGGACUGCCCGGCUACCCGGGCAGGCAGGGCCCAAAGGGCUCAAUCGGCUUCCCAGGAUUUCCAGGAGCCAACGGAGAGAAGGGCACACGGGGGACACCUGGCAAACCAGGUCCAAGGGGGCAGCGAGGUCCAACGGGUCCACGUGGGGAAAGAGGCCCUAGGGGAAGCACUGGGAAACCCGGCCCAAAGGGCAACUCUGGUGGUGAUGGCCCCCCUGGUCCUCCUGGCGAAAGGGGACCACCAGGGCCUCAAGGACCGACUGGAUUUCCAGGACCAAAAGGCCCCCCUGGUCCUCCUGGGAAGGAUGGAUUGCCUGGUCACCCUGGACAGAGAGGAGAAACCGGUUUCCAAGGCAAGACCGGGCCUCCAGGACCCCGUGUCGUAGGCCCUCAGGGUCCGACUGGUGAGACGGGGCCAAUGGGUGAGCGGGGACAUCCAGGCCCUCCGGGUCCCCCAGGUGAACAAGGUCUUCCUGGCCUCACUGGAAAAGAAGGGACCAAGGGGGACCCUGGUCCUGCCGGCCUCCCAGGGAAGGAUGGUCCCCCCGGCUUGCGAGGCUUCCCGGGAGAGAGAGGUCUCCCUGGCCCCAUUGGUGCUCCAGGGCUGAAAGGCAACGAAGGUCCCCCAGGCCCCCCAGGUCCAGCAGGCUCUCCCGGUGAGCGUGGUCCCGCGGGAUCAGCCGGCCCGAUAGGCUUGCCAGGGCGACCUGGCCCCCAGGGACCUCCGGGACCCGCAGGUGAAAAGGGAGCCCCAGGCGAGAAGGGUCCUCAAGGACCGGCUGGCCGGGAUGGCAUCCAGGGCCCGGUGGGACUGCCAGGUCCAGCAGGUCCUGUCGGCCCCCCUGGAGAGGAUGGAGACAAGGGCGAGAUCGGGGAGCCUGGCCAGAAGGGCAGCAAGGGUGACAAAGGGGAGCAGGGUCCACCAGGUCCUACCGGCCCGCAGGGUCCAAUCGGUCAGCCUGGCCCAGCUGGUGCCGAUGGAGAGCCAGGUCCCAGAGGACAGCAAGGCCUCUUUGGUCAGAAAGGUGAUGAAGGACCCCGAGGUUUCCCUGGUCCCCCCGGCCCAGUGGGCUUGCAGGGCUUGCCUGGACCGCCUGGUGAGAAGGGAGAAACGGGUGACGUUGGGCAAAUGGGCCCGCCAGGCCCACCUGGACCCAGAGGUCCAUCUGGACCACCGGGAGCAGAUGGUCCACAGGGUCCUUCUGGGGGAAUAGGAAAUCCUGGUGCAGUAGGAGAGAAGGGUGAACCUGGUGAAUCCGGUGAGCCUGGUCUUCCCGGCGAGGUUGGCCUCCCGGGUCCUAAAGGUGAAAGAGGUGAAAAGGGUGAAGCAGGUCCCUCUGGUGCUGCUGGUCCACCUGGCCCCAAAGGUCCACCAGGCGAUGACGGUCCCAAAGGCAGCCCUGGUCCAGUUGGUUUCCCUGGUGACCCUGGUCCUCCUGGAGAACCUGGUCCAGCUGGUCAAGAUGGUCCCCCUGGUGACAAAGGUGAUGAUGGCGAACCUGGACAGACUGGUUCCCCUGGUCCCACGGGAGAGCCAGGCCCCUCCGGACCCCCAGGAAAAAGGGGCCCUCCUGGUCCAGCUGGUCCCGAAGGAAGGCAAGGGGAGAAAGGAGCCAAGGGUGAAGCUGGUUUGGAAGGACCUCCUGGGAAGACUGGCCCAAUUGGUCCCCAAGGUGCUCCAGGGAAGCCUGGCCCUGAUGGCCUUCGAGGGAUUCCUGGUCCAGUCGGUGAACAAGGUCUCCCGGGAUCCCCUGGCCCAGAUGGUCCUCCAGGCCCAAUGGGCCCGCCAGGUUUGCCUGGUCUUAAAGGAGACUCUGGUCCUAAAGGGGAGAAGGGUCAUCCAGGUUUAAUUGGUCUUAUUGGACCGCCAGGAGAGCAGGGGGAAAAGGGUGACAGAGGUCUCCCAGGCCCCCAGGGCUCAGCAGGGCCCAAAGGAGAGCAGGGUAUCACAGGUCCUUCUGGACCAAUCGGACCUCCAGGGCCACCAGGAUUACCGGGUCCACCUGGUCCCAAAGGUGCUAAAGGAUCUUCAGGUCCAACAGGUCCAAAGGGUGAAUCGGGUCUUCCUGGGCCCCCAGGCCCUCCUGGUCCUCCUGGAGAAGUCAUCCAGCCACUGCCCAUCCAGUCUUCCAAGAGGACCAGGCGAAACAUUGACGCCAGCCAGCUGGUGGACGAUGGAAAUGGCGACAACUACAUGGACUAUGCAGAUGGCAUGGAGGAAAUUUUUGGCUCGCUGAAUUCCUUGAAACUGGAAAUUGAGCAAAUGAAGCAUCCAUUGGGCACUCAACAUAACCCAGCACGUACCUGCAAGGAUCUGCAGCUCUGUCACCCUGAUUUCCCAGACGGUGAAUACUGGGUUGAUCCUAACCAAGGAUGUUCCAGGGACUCUUUCAAAGUUUACUGUAAUUUCACAGCUGGUGGAGAGACUUGCAUCUUCCCUGAUAAGAAAUCUGAAGGAAGUAAAAUGGCUCGUUGGCCCAAAGAACAGCCUUCCACAUGGUAUAGUCAAUACAAGCGGGGGUCUUUGCUCUCCUACGUGGAUUCGGACGGGAACCCCAUCGGAGUGGUGCAGAUGACUUUCCUCCGGCUCCUGAGCGCCUCGGCCCACCAGAACAUCACCUACAACUGCUACCAGUCCGUAGCCUGGCACGACGCCACCACCGACAGCUACGACAAGGCCAUCCGCUUCCUGGGCUCCAACGAUGAGGAGAUGUCCUACGACAACAACCCCUACAUCCGAGCCGCCCUCGACGGCUGCGCGGCAAAGAAGGGCUAUCAGAAGACUAUCCUGGAAAUCAACACGCCCAAAGUAGAGCAAGUACCUAUAGUCGACAUCAUGUUCAAUGACUUCGGAGAAGCAUCACAGAAAUUUGGAUUCGAGGUGGGACCAGCUUGCUUCAUGGGCUAAGAGCCACCUGAAAACUAGUCUCCAAAUGAGCAACCUCGUAACCUCAUUGCGCCAUUUAAUUAAUUAAAAAAAAAAAAAAGAAAAAAAGAAUUCCUUGUCACAUGCACGUUCUGAAACUGGACAGCGAUGGGUUAUUUUUUUCCGUUUUGUUUUGUUCCUCAUUUUGCCCGAGUUCCUCUGCGCCACCGCACCCACACGUACCGAACCGCCGACUGAGAGUACCGUUCCCGCGACAGACGCAGAAUCGCAUGACCGACCGCCGCACGCGUGGCCCGGAGACCUGUCCCCACGCUGCUGCCACCGCUGCUCCCACCGCUGCUGCUCCACGGCCACCGAGCAGACCCUACCGCCAUCAAAGACUUCUUCUUCUUGCCGUGAAGCGAUACCAAGCGCUUCUCUAUACAUUAGUUUGUGUGUGUGUGUGUGUCCCUAAGGAAAAAUGGAAAAAACUUGAAACUCCUGUGUUCAGCUUGACGUUGAAGUCCCAGCAGUCCUGGCUCCAAUCCAAACCCUGCCGAAGCUCAUCGGAGGCAUUUCAUUGACUUCCACGAGAUUUGGAUCGGUUCUAGCAAGUAGAUGUCAUGGCCAUUUCCAGAAUUUUUAAUUUCUCCAUUGAAUCGUGUAAUUCUGUGUUUUACAAAAUUUAACCCCGUGAAUUUGAUAGCUAGAAGUCACACUGGGCAUCUCUUUCCCAUGUAUUAAAGGUGCUUAUAUUUUUGUAUGUUUGUAAGUAAAUAUUUGUAUUGUAUAUUAUUUUAAAUGUUUAAAUGUUUCUGGCUUCAAAACAUGCAUGUGACCCUGUCUGUAUUAAAACCACCAUCCUUCCCACCACCAUCCCAGCCAAGCAUCCACCUGGGAAUGAAGACUGCGGCUCACGUCCCCACCGCUCCUGCCUCUUCCCAACCCCAAGCCUGGAUCUGGAGGGGCUUGGAGUUAUGCCCAGGCACGAGUCUUUGCAGGAUGAGGGCCCAAUGAGUGGCAAACCCGCCCCCCGAGCCACAGAUGCCUUUUGGAAUGAUUCGCUUCAAAAGAAGGAAAUUAAAGCCGCUUUUUAACAAGAUUUCUACAAAACCCUGAUCUAAAAGCAGGAUCUGCUUUGAGUCUCUGCCUUUUUAUGCACUUGCUUACCUUAACAUAUAUGUUUUAAAUUAAUUCUUCUUUUUUUUCCUUCAGCAUUCUUUUAAAAUAAAAAAAAAAAAAUCCAUUCCCAGCGGCAGAUUGCAGUGGCAGGGGAAAUCCAUUUGUCCUCUUUGAAUAGAAAAUGUAAAAAAAAAAAAAAGGAGAAAAAAAAAAAGGUGCUUUUUAUUUUUACGUGUCUCUGUGGUGCUAUCUAUUUGAAUAACUUUAAUACAACACUGGUGAUACCCUGCCAUUGGCCAAUCUCCCACCAGCCUUUGCUUUUUAGCCACUUUCAACACAGACUGCAGGCUUUUGCUACAGCCUUUGAUUAUAAAUGCAUGCCACCCUUCAUAUUUGUUAUGUAGAAGACCCACUCCUUUCCUUAAUUGUAUUGCGGUAGCUUAUACGGCCCGUGUAGAAAAAGUAUUAAAUAUGCUUACAUCUUUUUUCUUUUUUUUUUUUUUUUUUCCCAAGACUAUUCAUGCAUUUUAUACGGUGGUAACCAUACCAGAUUGUACUCAGUCGCUGAAUGUUUGUGGUGCUAAUUUAUGUAUCUGUUGGAUGUCCUGACGCGAUGCUGAAGCCGUGUGGGUGCCUGCCCGCCGAGCGCUCCCGGGAGUCUGCAAUUUUCUUGGUCUUCCCACGGUGGCUCUGCCAGGAUGGCUUUUUUUUUUUCCAUGCAGCGUUUUCGGCUCGCAACCUGCUUGACACCAUCUUCUUUUUCCGUUUGUUUGUUUUCUCCCUGGCCGUUUUCCUUGUUUAGAUCUCUUGGCUGGAAAAAUAGAUGUUGCAGGGUGUUUUUUUAAUUAUUAUUUGGCCUGGAGUAUUACAGCAAUGCUUGAGCCAAGGGGGGGUCUUUCACCAUAACGGAAAAGACAUCACAUUUACUGUGAAGAAAAGCCUAUAUAUGAUGUCUUUUCCCCCCUCCUUCCCAAGCAGAGAGCAGCAGCAUCCGAGGAAGGGAGGCAAAGCCAUGCUGGAGGGAGCGGUGAUGCCGCGUGGUGCUUUUCGGUCUGGGAGAGCCGUGUCCAUCCGUCUCUCUCCUGUUGUGUUCUCUCAUAUUUUUUUUUUUCCACUUGGGGGAGGAAAAAAAAAAAAAAGGUGCUACCCUAAAAACUGCAGACUCCAGCAGCAAAGCAGUGAAAAGGAGUAUAUAAUAAUAUAUAGGAGAAUUCAGCUUCUCAGUCACCUUGGCAAGAGCCUUGUUCAGGAACAGUGGGAAGGUCAGAAAAGGUUGCACUUUCCUCUUUGCAAGAGAAAAGCCAUAUAUUGAUGUAUGUACACACGUGUGCGUCUGUCUAGGUCAUGUGAUUCUGUUAUAAAUUUUCAUCAAAGGAGCUUUUUUCUUUUAUUUUUCCUUUUAUUUCUUUGCUUUAAUAAUAAAAAAAAAAUUCCUCUGUUGAAUUCCACAGCGUUGUAAUUGUACUGAGCUCCAAACUGUUCCAAUUUCCCCAGACCACUUAGCUACGGUAUAUUGCAAUAAAAUUACUACUUGUAUUUGCA